UAACAUUAAUAAAAUAAUAAGAGCAAUAUUUUCCUCUUUUCUUAAACACUGUGAUUUUCCAGGUCUUCUGUCUUCUGAGAGACUGGACUGUAUUUGUUCUCUGUAUCUGCAUAUCUGUGUGAAAUAGGCAUACAUUGGUCUUUUUGAAGAAUAGUGACAAAUUUGGGAUGUCUGAAUUACCUGCAUUUUUCACUUUAAUUCUUCUUACUAUUUUGGAUUAUUCUUACCAUUCUAUUUACUACAUGCUUCGGUUCAUGAAACCAACCAUAACUAAUAUGUUCCAAGUUACAGUAGUAGAAGAGGAGAAAGUAUCCAUUAUAGUAGCUAGGAGCAAUAUACUUGAAAUAUCAAAAGCUCCACCAAGAAAAGCUGGAUGCCAUCACUGAUAAUUCUUGGGUCUUCAGCUUAUUAGCUGCAAAAUUAUUAAUAUCUUUUGUCCUGUCCACUUUGUUUGUAAAUACUGUGAAUUCUGUGUAGAGCUUAAGAUAUAAUGUCAGUGCAUGUGUAUGCUUACGUAUGUGGGGGCAUGAGGUGUGUAUGUGUGUGUAUUUGAAGGAAGAAAAGCCAAAAUGUGUUAUCUCCAUCCUUAAAAAGGCUAACAUAUAUGUUAUACCUCAUACAUUUUUAAUGUUUCCAUUCCAAUUGUCUUUUUAUGUUUUAUGAUUUACUUAAAGUAGGUAUAUGUGUCUGAGCAACUGUUAAUUUAGAACUAAUAUCUUUUAUGUACAUGAAGUGAUCAAGACAAGUGUUCUAGAAAAGAAAGUACCUGUUGCAGUUUCACGAAAACCAAAGGACAUUGCGGGACCCCCCAAAGUAAAACACUUUGUGGCACCUCAAGAACCAGAACCUGUGAUAUUGGCCCAAAAAACAGUGCAUGCUGUGUCACCUGAGGUUACAAAGCCUAUUGUGGCACCCCAAGAAACAGAGGGUGUUGUGGCAUCUGAGGAACCUGAGACUGACUUGGCACACCGUAAAGCAGAAACUGUUGCAGCACCUGACGAAACAGAGCCUGUUGAGGCAGCCCAAAAAACACUACAUAUUGUGGUGCCUGAGAAAACAGACCUUACUGUGGUACCUGAGGAACCUAAGUUCAAUGUGGCACCCCAAAAACUAAAGCAUGGUGCGAUGUCCCCAAAACAAAGGCUUGUUGUGGCAGCCAAAAAAACAGAGCAUGUUGAUUUCCCUGAGAAACGAGACCUUGCUGUGGUACCUGAGAAACCCAUGCCUGAUAUGGCACCCCAAAAAAUAAAGCAUGGUGUGAUGCACUCAAAACAAAAGCCUAUUGUGGAACCCCCCAAAUUGGAGCCAUUCAUGGCCCCUGAGGAACCUGAGAUCACUGUCCUACCUGAUGACUCAGAGGCAGCUUCAGCACCCUCAAAAACAGAGCAUAUUUUGGUGCCUCCCAAAGCAAAACUUCGUGUGGCACCUCAAAAAGCAGAGCUUGUUGUGGCACCUGAAGAAACAGAGUUUGUUGGAGAUUUCCAAAAAUCAAAGCCUAUCGCAGUGUCACAAAAAUCAAAGCCUGUUGAGGUGCAAGACAAGCCAGAACCUGUUAUGGUGCCUAAGGAAUCAGAACAAAUUUUGGCACCCCAAAAACCAGAGAAUUUUACAGCACUUCAAAAACCGAAGCCUGAAGUGGCACCUGGGAAGCCAGAGCCUGUUUUGUCACCUGAGGAACCACCACUGGCCAAGACGGCUGAAAAGCCAGAGAUUACUGCCAUACAUAAAAAACAAGCAGCUCCACAAGCUAAAGAACCUGUAAUGCUUGAGAAGGCUGUCCCAGAAGAGAAAAUUCCUGUAGCUGUUCCUGAAAAAUCAGAACCUCCAUCAGCCAGAGUGCCUGAGAGGGCUGUCCCAGAGGAGAAACUGUCCGAUGGUGUACCUAAAAAAACAGGAGCUCCACUUGCUAAAGGUACAUGUCAUCAUGAGCACCAUCAUAGGGAUGGUGGUUUUGUUGUUACUGUUUAUGUAUUUGUCUUUCUUUCUUUUUCUUUUUUUUUUUUUCAAUGAAUCCCAUUUUUUACAGUCAUACUCUAGCAUCUAAAAUGUGAGAGAGAUGUACUGGAUAUGAAUUAAUAUGCAAGGUUGUCAAAUUAGGACUUUACUUUCUCAGAAUACUCAGAUGAAAGAUGUUAAAGUUGAACUACUCUAAACCUGUGUGCACAACAGAUUGAUGCACUGCAUCACCAUUUCAAUACUUUUAGAAAGUCCCAAAUACUAUCUAGAGAAGUAAACAUUUUCUCUAGCACCAGAUUCUGUCCAUCUAAAACACGAGGACAUAACGCAAGUGAAGUGCAUUUGUCAAUGAUGAUGCUGAGUGUAUUUAAAUACUAUAAAAAUUUUAAAUGAAUAUUCUGUGAAACAGCUGUAAGCAGCAUAUAGUUUAAUACUGAAACAAGAAAUGAAAAGACGACAAUGAAAGCAAACCCAAGCCCAUAGCCCACAAUCAUGAAUGCUAUGCAA